CAGGAGAACUGCAGGAUGAAGUGCGUAACAAGUGUAAUCGUAUUUGCUGUGUUAUACUGCGCCUGGUCAGGUACCAGCGCGUCUGACUCUGACGAUGGAUCCUGUUCAAGUUUCGGGUUCGGGGAAGAGCAAGAAAAAGAGUGGGGAGAGUGCUCGCCAGCGUGUAACGGCGACAAGCAGAGCCCCAUAGACGUCGAGUGCAAAAACGCCAUUACGGAAGACCUGCCCAACGUCAACGGGCCCUUCUACCAAGACCGCAGCAUUCCGUUCCACUUCAGCCUCAGCAACGACAACUACACAGUGACGGUGGAGCUGUUGGACGCCGACUACCUGUACCUGGAGGGAGGUCCCUUAUACUCUCGCUACUAUCUGCACAACUUGCAGUUCUGCUGGGGAUCAGACGACUCCAAGGGCAGUGACCACAGCUUCAACGGUGUGAAGUAUCCACUGGAAGCUCAGUGGGCAUUGUUCUCCGAGGAAUACUCAAGCUACGAGGAAGCGUCCAAGUACCCAGGCGGGGUCUUGAGGAUUUCCCAGCUGUACCCUCUACAAGAUGAAGACAACCCGUCGCUGAUUCCAAUCGUGCGAGCCCUGCCCAAAGUUGUGAAUCCUGGACAGACCACAGAGCCAGACGAGGAACUCACCUACGACGAGAUCUUCUCCGGCUACCCCGUCGACGACUACUACUAUUACAACGGCAGCUUCACCACUCCGCCCUGCACAGAGACCGUCAUGUGGUUCGUCUAUCCCCCUCUGAAUGGCGUCUCCGAAUCGCAGCUGGAGGUGUUCCGGACUCUCCAGUCGACAAACGGCCCCUUGGUGAACAACUUCCGCUCCACGCAGCCGCUCAACGGCCGCAAGGUGAUCAGGAGCAACAAAAGUUCCACGUGCCUCGGAGAGUGCGAGACGCGCAGCAAGUCAGUGCGGCGUCGCGCCGGCACACGUCACCAGGCAACAAAGUCUGGUCGCCAUAGCAAGCACGGCGCCUCCAAGCAUCACGGCGCAGCCCGUCGCCGACAGCACUAGUCGCCCGCCUUCGGUGCCUGCUGCACACAGCUGCUCCAGGAUCCUCAGCAAUACCAACAGGACUGUACUCACUAGACGCCUAUACCUACACUUAGAAUAUUAUCCUGCAUCUACAGGCAAACUUAAAUGAAGUUCCACCAAAUAUUACACUACAAGUACAAAAUCGAAUCUACUGAAAACAAUUAACUCCAAGGAAACGAAGUACGAAAUACGUAAAGGUACGUUUUCAUUCAGCGAAACAGCCUCGCGAACAAUUUAGAGAGUCAAAUUUCGUGCAACAUUACGUCGUCUCCACUGUGCUACGAGAGCCUGCUUCUCGGCCAUACAAACCCCAUUCGGCCGAUGUGUCCGUAUCAGAAUGCCUUGCUUCUCUCGUUUCAUAUAGUACCAACGCCAUUACUUGUUGCGAGCGAGACAGACACCUCGGGGAAACCCUCCAUGUCAUCCAAGACCAUAAAACCGACUCGCAUAUGUUGGACAGCUAAGAAAGAGCAGAACACAACCGGGCAAGAAGGGAUGAGGCGAGGAUGGAAUGAUGAUUCUUCAGCAUCCAGUGUUACAUCUUUUGUUCUUUCCGUUUUGGGCGCUUAAGCAUUUAUGCCAUUUUCACUAUACCAACUAAAAUUAAAAAAUAAAUAAGUAAAACGAUUGCUGAAUCUGUGAGGGCGCAUGGGGAUGCAACUUCUGAGAUUACAAAAGACCACGUUGAAAUGGCUGUGUCGCCCAAAUGGACAUUUCACCGUUUGUGUGCCUGUUUCGCAUAUCGUUUCGACCUCCGUAAAUGAAAACGGUUAAACAGCUGAAACUUCCUGGCAGAUUAAAACUGUGUGCCCGACCGAGACUCGAACUCGGGACGAGGUACUGGCAGAAGUGAAGCUGUGAGUACCGGCCGUGAGUCGUGCUUCGGUAGCUCAGUGGUAGA